UUAUAAAAACAAAAUAUAUAUUUAUAUUAAUCAUUACAUUUAUUUAAUUGUCUCUCUAAUAGCAACAUUUUCAUUUUAUGUUCCUCUUCUUCCCUUUGAUUUCUGCCUUUCUCUUGUAAUACAGCUCUUUGGCCGUGAAAGUUGGAUUUGUUAUUUUUGGUCGAAGUCGCUUGUGUAUUGGGGUUUUCAUUUUUCUCGAGUUAUAGUUAUUCCACUAAAAUCAAAUAUUUACUACUGUACAGCAGAUACAACUAUAUCUUACAUUUUCUUCAGGUUGUUUUCUGGCAAUUGUUUUUUGAACUGCCUUUUUGACAGUGGGCACAACUGCUGGAAUCAGACUUUGGUCUUCCAUGUUAGAUUCGUCACUAUCCAUAUUCUCGUUAAAACGCAUGGUGGCACUUGUUUCUUCAGGCUGUAAUAUACAGGGUGCCGCAUCCAAGUCUGGACAUAGGGAAUUAACAUGGCAAGUUGGUUUUUAUUUUAUAAUAUCUCCCCAGAUCACUUUAAAGCUAUUACUGAGUGAUGCCUUUGUGGAGGUCGAAGAGGGCUAUCGGCCAGUAUUUUUUUCAAAUCGUUGCAUCGCGUUCAUUUACUGUAAAAAGGUUUUAAAAAUCGUAUUUUGAAAUUCGCGCCCGAUCCGAGUUGUCGCGAAAUGUUCCGUCGCACUGUCGAAGUUCGGCGAUCGCGUCUUCAGAUUAGCCAUGCAAAAUGCAAAUGUCAAAGUGAAAUUAGAAAUUAUUCUCAGAAAUCAACGAAGAACUCAAACUGAUUUAUUUUAUCCGGUGUGAUGAUUAUUGUAGGACAAAUUAAACGGAAUAAAUGCACAAAUUGAUCCAUUCAUUCGUCAUAGUGCGCGAACCCGUCAAACGAUUCAUCUCGAACUACACUCAGGCUGUAUCCAAAAAGCCCGAGAUGAAGACUUCGAGUAGCUGGUCUUCCUGUAAACCCCAUCGACAGCAUUCUGACAUGUCCUGGGAGCCCUUCAAGCUAGGAAUGUACAUUCGUACCGAAAAGACGAAGAAGAAGAAGCUAGGGAUGUACUCGCGCUGCCUCACUCAGUCAAUUUAAACGGAAUAAAUGCACAAACUGCACAAAA